AUGCAAAAGGCAAAAAUAGAAGUGGCAACUGCUCAGAGCGACUCAUUGCAGGAUGAGAGGGUGGAAUGGGACUCAGAGGGAAACAUGAGCACGUUUGUGGAACAGGAGGAGUCAGACAACACCAAAGAGGAGUCUCUGAGUAGCAUAGCAGAAGCAGAUUUCUCAGAAAUAUUCUUCGAUAACCUGGAGCCAGCCAAGGCAGAGCAGUUUGCAACUGGAUUUGUGACAGGAAACAACAAGAGCAUCCACGUGGACCAGGAGAAGAUAAAAGAGGCAGAAGAGAAGCUUGAAUUAAACAAAGAAAACAUUUCAAACAACAAUUCAAGGAAGGAAGACGAAACACCGAAUGAAGCGAGCACAUUCACUGGCUUCUGUACAGGAAACAAUAAGCGAAUCAAAGUAGGAAGCAGUCGAAUUCAGGUGGCAGAGGAGCAGCCAAAGGGAGCACCAAUCAGGAAGUACAACAGUCCACAACGAGGGCAUUUCACCCAGGUUGUCAGAGACGAGAUCAAAAUGAUGGAAUUGUACGAGACGUGUAGGCAGAUAUUCAGCAAGAAGCCACUUGGGUGGAUACGGGAGCAGUUCAAGUGGAUUUGGCUCCAUUUUGUGCUGAAUCCAAUCGACUACGCGAUGCUCAGGGACGAAAUGAUUCGAAUGAUGAAUUUCAGGGUGAAAAAUGAGCAGUCGUUUUUCAGGGGUGUUUUGGAGACAUCGAUUCCACCCUUCAAGUAUUGCGUAUUGGGAAUAUUGGGUAUCAAAAAGGAGACAGUUGAGUUGUUUGAUGGAUACUACAGCCUGGUUGCUGAGAUAGACAGUCAGACACACGCGUACCUGAAGCACGCUGACUUUGGAUCCAAAAUCCACGUAUUUGGAAUGGAGCUGCUUGUGAAUGGGCCAUGCGACAUCCUGGAGACCAAUAGAGCCACUCCCAUUCUCAGACUGUCCUACAACAGCGUGAGACUGUGCCACACGCACCAUGCAAUUGGAUUCAAGAACAAAAUAGCAUUUAUGCGCAAAUUGAAUGAAAUACGGCAGAAUGGAGGCGUAGUCCCUGCCAUAGAAGUCACCAUCAGCCGCGUCGUUGAUGAGCUGUUUCUUGUCGUAGUCGGAAACUACCGCGUGAAGACAGGCGACCUUGAGGGUGAAUUUGAUAAAAUCAGGGCGAUGGCUGAGAAGGCGAAGAAGGAGAUCAGGGCCGAGGACGUCGUGGUGCGCCGAUUUGCGACUGUGGUGGUCGAAGACGACUCGACCUCUGCCCUGCUGACGUGGUGGAAUCCGCCUGAAAUCAGGGCAAAUGAGACGUAUCGGAUCGUCCACACUGCUCCUCGUCAAAGCAGUAGCGGAUUGCACCUGAAUACGACCAGAAAGUCCUUCUAUCAGCGAAUCUGA